AGAAAAGGUUGGGUUAUCAUGGGUAUUUCAUCUAAGUGGAUUAAAUCACUGGUUCGCAUAAGAAAGCAAGAAAAGGGGAAGAGUUCACAAAAUCAAGAAACAACACAGACUGCCGAGAGCAGUGAAACCAGCUCUGCUGCUGGACAGCUACACAAACGAAAGCAUUCUCUGGAUUCUGCACUAGAAGAACUUGCAGUACCUAGUGAUACAUCCAAUGAUGACAACAACACGGAGAUUGUUCCAAAUUCCAUUUCUUCAGAAUGUACAUCACUUGAUGUGCAUGUUUCUCAGACUGGAGAAUUUUCUAGACUAGAGGAUUUGGCUGCAACAGUUAUUCAGUCUGCAUUUCGGUCGUUCUUGGCUCAGCGGGCUUUACGGGCGCUGAAAGGUAUAGUUAUACUGCAGGCCCUUGUUAGGGGCCAUAUUGUGAGAAAGCAGACAGCAGAAACACUUCAGUGUAUGCAUGAGCUGGUAAGAGCUGAAGCUCGUGUCAGAGCAAGAGAAGUUGGUGUUGCUUUAAAAAGCCAGAUUGCACGGAAAAAGGUCCCUGAGCAAGAUGAUAGUGAGAAUCACGUUCGAGAAAUUGAGGAGGGCUGGUGUGGCGGUACUGGUUCCGUGGAAGAAAUACAAGCUAAAGUACUUAAAAGGCAGGAAGCUGCUGCGAAACGUGAGAGAGCAAUGGCAUAUGCGUUGACUCAUCAGAGGCAAGCUGGUUCAAGGCAACAGAAACCUACAAAUCUGCACGGACUCGAACCUGAUGACAACCACUGGGGAUCAAACUGGGUAGAGAGGUGGGUUGCUGCACGUCCGUGGGAGAACAGGUUACUUGAAAAUAAUCCUAAAGAGAGCAUGCCGACGUGCUAUGAUAAUCAGCAUGAGGAAACAAAGUCUCAGGCCAUACCAAAGGUCAAACUGCCAACUUCAAAUACUCCUAAUGGCCUGAACAAGAAGAAAGGCAUAAACCACAAGAAGUCUUAUUCUGAUGUAAAUUUUACUUCAUUCGGACGAUCACGUGUGCUUCCUUCCACCUCUUUGGGAUCGUCCAAACAGAAGCCGAAGUUGGUAGAUGAGGGUUUUGAGGAAGUCAGCUCGCAGCCCAUAGAUAUAGCUUCUUCAUCUGCGCUCAAUCAGAAAGAUAAGCGUUUGCAGCUCAACACAUCAGCCAAGAAGCGGCUCUCCCUGCCAAAUAAUGUUAGCGAGGGAGCAGCGAAGGGGACGAACAGCAAUAAACCGAUGAAUCGAUCUGCCAGCGCUAAGUCUGACCUGAAACCUCGGGCGAGCGCUCCUAACCAAGACCUGAAGCAAGUUGAGUUACAUGCCUGAAUUGCACAUACCCUUUCCAAUCUGACUUGGGCAAAUCUGAUCUGUUCCUGGUGUUUCGU